CAUAAAUAAAAAAAAAUUAUUAACUUCCAACAACCAUAUGGUUAAAAUAAAAUGUCUUAUAACCACUACAAGGCAUUUAAAAUCUUUUACUCCUAUUUACACCUCAAAAUUGAUGUUGACAUUACAAAUAACUGUCUAUAACAGUGACCUCAGGAUCAAAAGUUAUAAUCCUGAAGGCAAUAUUAUGUGAAUUUAAAACAGGUUCAACAUCGAAACUAACAAAAGAUCGAUAUGUGAAAAAUUAUCAAUGAAUUGUAACCUCCCAUUCGACAUAUACGAUAUCAGAUAAGGUUAUGAAGAAAUAGGUUGGCGAUGAUGGGAUGAUGGAGGAACGACUGGUGGCGAGGUUGCGCCACCACAACCCCGUCCUCACAGUCACCGAGGUACACGUCGGACGGGUCAACCGCUCCAAGAAGAACCUCGUCAUCCAAUACCUCGACUCCCUCAAGUUGAACCCCAGCGUCGAGAGCUCUCCUGGAUUAGAGACGGUCGUAUCGGUCGACAUAACUUCCAGCACUGAGCAGGAUGACAUCUUCAAGAAGCUGCUAGCCUUCAUCCGCAACCUAGGUAUAGCCGAUGUAUCAAUUACAAGCGAACCCUUCGACGAACGGCAGCCGGAGAUUGAGUCGAUCGGGAGUAUCCCAGCUAUGGACUCCUCAUCUAAGGACUACACGCCCCUGAACAGCGAUGACAUGGAAGAACUCAUCAGCCGCGACAAGAGCGAGAGCGAGUUCGAGUUGAUACUGUCCCGACCGAGGCGAAACAGCAGCCGCGAUCUGCGGAGGCUUCACAGCGACCAGAGCAGCAAGGACGUCAUCGGCUCGAUCCUCAGAGUCGGCGAAGGAAGCAAGCCCCACUGUUCGAGUUUGACCAUCGCCCAGGAAUCCACUAGGUCCCGAGACCGUUCCUCCAGAAAUCUCCAGAACAAACCACGUCACCGUAUAAAGACCUUCUGGAAAAAUGCAAAAAAAAUAUUCAAAAGAAAAGUAAAUACGCCUAAGCAAGAUAUUGGAAAGCUUCAAGCCAUGAUUUCUAACGAUUCGAUGAAACCGGAAGAAGAAAAAACGAAAGAAAAAGGCAAACCUAAGGAUUUUAAUAUUCUACGAGACAUCAAAGCAGUAAACAAGCCUAAUCAGGUUAGUUUGAAUACUUUACAAAAGAGGUUAGAAAAGGUUUCUCGCGAUGUCUUCAGUAUGAAGAAUAAGUGCCCCGGGAUGAAGCUUGACGGACCAUCGCUCGAUGCUUACACGCAGACACUGGAAAGGAAUCCUGAAAAAGCUGACGUGCAGGAUACAAAAACUCAGACAAUCGACAAGAAUUGUUCUAGUAUAAACGCCUCCAUCGAACAGUGCAGUAGGACGCAAAGCAUCCAUCGCCAUUCACAUUCGAAGAGUCUAAGUGAGACCUCAGAAAUCAGUGCCGUCACAGAGUCUGAGAACCGAAUGGUGAAUCGCGGAGGGCAGAUGGCGCCGCCAACACUAAGAGGUAUGGUAACAAAUUUAAUUCCACUAUAUCCUAAUAUGCCAGCUGAUAUGAAGCGGCCUGUAAUUUGUGAACUCAAACCAGUCGGAGGACCGUUUUUUUUCAGGCGAAUAACACCAAAGAAACCCAGUUCCAAUUCAAUCGCAACUACAAGCUGUUUCACAACCACCUCAUCCAGUUCCACUAAUUCUAAUCCGGUCAAAUCUAGUUCACACAGCACAGUAACUAUCUCAUCUAUGUCUGUUUCGUCAAGCGAAGAACGGUCUGCAGAAAAUGGCAGCGAAGAUUUUAAAAAAUUCACCUAUCCACGUACGGAAAACCAGAAACUCAGUUAUGGCAUUGUUUCGAUGGCGGGUAUUUCACCAUUCGAAAAAGAGAGGCUGAAGACGACGCAGACUGUAGGUCCUCUCCUGAAGGCGACGGAGAUCAACACUUCUGAAGUGUUCAAGCUGCCCAAGGUGACUCAGACGAAGCCCAAGAAAAAAAAGAAGAUUCUUUCCGAAGAACCGAAAGCACCGGAGGUAGCCACCCAGACAUUCUGUUGUACGAACAGUACAUCUUGCACGGAGCUCAUACCCGUGAAAUCGUGUGGUACAAAAACUGAAAAUGAGGUACAACGAGUGGACAAGGAGAACUCUUGCCAUUUGCUAACGAAACAGCCAACUGAGACUAAAGAAAUGAAUUCGGAAACACUAGUGCUUAAGUGUGAAACCUGCCAGGAAAUGUUGGAUAAACCGGCAGAAAAGAAGAGGAAAUCAUCCGGAAGGCAAAAAAUCGAUAGGCCUGCGAAGAGAGGACUAGGCUGGGGUCAGUUUCCUAACGGCAACUUCGGGUUCGGGCGGGGAUACGCUCCAGGUAGAGUAUAUCCAAUAGUUUCGCUGGCAACGAGCUUUCCUGCUCGAGAUCCCUUCAAUCUGCCCGCUACGAUAGACAAAGAAGGGGAUCUGCCAUGCUCUAGGAUAUGCAACUUCUUUGGAGGCAGGAAGAAAGCCCUGAUGGAAGAACUGAAGAAGCAGAAAACGGAGCUGAUGCAGAUGAGGAUGGUCUUGGUGGCGAUCAACGAAGAGCUCCUGGCCGAAUGCACGGACCCUUCCUCGGAAGAGGACGUGAAUUCUGACGAAACUUGCCAGUCCAACGACAGCCAGGCGCCGCUCAAGCAGAACAAGAAGGUCACCUUCCGCGAACCCUUGGUCAACGAACGCAUUCUCAGUUACGUCAAGCAUUAUUAAUCUUCAAAACCAGUUUUUUUUCUGUAUUAAAUGUCCAUAUAUUUUUUGCUCUAUA